CUUUCUGCUAACAAGUGUGGCACUAUGGACCUUUCAUUAAUUAGUUUAUUGUCUCUAUACUUUCCUCCUCUCCUUCCGCCUGAUUCAGUUGAUCUUGAUAUAUCAACAAUGAUUCAAACUGCAGCAGUCAUUGGUCUGGGUCUUGUAUACAUGAGCUCGUGCAAUAGGUUCAUGAUUGAACUGAUGAUCAAUGAGAUAGGUCACAGCCCAGGCCCUGAGUGUCGGUUUGGUUUAAACAGGGAGUCUUACUCACUAUCAGCUGGUCUAGCACUAGGAAUGAUUGGACUAGCAUCCGGGGAUAAUUCAGUCAUCAAAGGGUUAAAUAUUGUCGAUCAGCUUCGUGUGUACAUCAAUGGAGGAAUGAAAAGAGACGUUUCAGCUGUUGACACUUCUUCAAGCAGUCAGCUAGUACUGGAAGGUAAACAUGUCAAUGUACAUGUAACAGCUCCAGGUGGCAUUCUGGCUCUGUCGCUAAUUUACUUGAAAACUAACAAUGAACAGAUUGCGUCAUACUUAGCUCCGCCCACAACCUUGUACCAUUUUGAAUGUGUCCAGUACAGACCUGACUACCUUUGUCUGAGGACACUAGGGGCUUCACUGAUACUGUGGGAUAGUAUUGAACCAACACAGUCAUGGAUUGAUGGCAACAUACCUCAAAUAGCUCAUGAAUAUUCAUUUAAGAGUAAUGAAGCAAAUCCAUCAUUAUAUCAAUUAAUGAG